GAGAUCCUUGUGAUGAGAGAGAAAGAAAGGAUCAGAGGAAGGAGAGAGACCGGGAGGGAGGCGAAUGGAGGGAUGAUAAAGACAAGGAAAAGAGAGACAGGAGAGAUGACAGGGAAAGGAGGGACAGAGAUUAUCGAGAGGAGGACAAGGAGAAGAGAGAUGCGAAAGGAGAAAAAAAUGACAGGAGAGAGGGAAAAGAGAAAAGAGAUGAGAAGAGAGAUGAUCGAGAGAGGAGGGAUGACAAGAGAAUCGAUUGUGAAAUGAGAGAUGCUCGUGAUCGCAGGGACGAUGGGGAGGAGAAGGAUAGGAGAAGGAGUCCUAGGGCUGGGAAACCAGAGACUGGGAAAACAGAGACUAUCUUGAGACCUGUAGAAGGGAGUCGUCCGGUUGUCAGACCCCACUCUGAGAUGGAGCUGAGGCCCAGUCUCCAUAAGACCUCCUCAGAGGACCCCCGUAGCAGGGUCCGCCCUGCCUCCGAGACUAACUGUGGAAGCACCCUGCCCAGGUACAUGCCAUCUGAGGAGACCAAACGAGGGGAGACCCGCGGAAGAGCAGAGUCCACUGGUGUCCGCUUUCGCCCCAGGCCCCACCCCAGACCCUGACUCCGCCUUUAACUCCUCUUCCUCCCGGAGAGCUCAGCCUCCUGCCAAACAGGCCAUGCUCCCUCCCAAGGGCCAACCCACCACCACCUCCUUCAUGGAGCCUGGCCGGACCUCCACCCCACCUUCCUCCUCCUCCUCCUCUACUUCCUCCACCACCUCUGCAAUAGCGGUGGCCAAGCCACCCAGGACUGUUUCCCUGGUCAUCAGUGAUGACCCUCCUCCCAGCCCCGUCCCCCCUGCGCGGUUCAGCCAUGUACCCCCAUCCUUCAUCCCGGGAGAGUUGGCCACCCCUCCCCCUGUACCCCCCCCCAUGCCAAGCAGCCACCUGUACCCCCACCCAAACCCACCAACCGCAACAGCAACCUCGCUCUGCUUGCGGAGCUCUCUCAGGCUGGCAGUGGUGUCAUCGUGUUUCCUGCCCCCACCAGGUGCUCUCCACCCACUCCGCCCAAGAGGAUGACCCCCGUCACCAAGAGCCUCUCCGACGACCCGUCCCUUGAGGCAGAGACCUCCUUCCCAUCUAGUUCUGCCCCUGUUCCAGUCCCCAUACCUACUGUCUCUGUACCCCCCCAGCGCUGACCAAGAUGCCAAUCGGGACACCCUUAAAGCAGUAGGCUUCCAACUACCCACCUCUGACCCUGUACCACGACCUCUGUCCCAUAUACCCAUGUCCACUCCUAGCUCCCACCCCCACCUACCUCUCCCCAACUCUGUCUCCGUCCCCCUCCCUAUCCAUCAGAAGGAUCCUCCCAGCCCCACCACAGAGCCACCCAACCACCCCCCAGCCUCAGUCCCAGCCAUCCCCCUGCACAUCCUGAUCCAGCGGGCCCUGUGCUCCCCCCAGCCCGGCCCAGGCUAACCCAGACGGAUCCCAGAGAGCCCACUCCAUGCUGUUUGAGUCCCCUCCAGAGUUCCUCACUGAGGCUGGAGUCCGACGCUCUCUACCCAUCACCAUAGAACUGCU